UCAGACGUCGCGCGCCAAGCGCACAGUACGGAAGGGCUGCAUAUGUUGACAAUACUUUAUUUUAUUACUCAUACAUUGUGUUUGUGAUAGUAACAACCAAAUUAUUGUUUAUACAACAAACGUGAACUUUUAGUAAGGCCCAAAUAGUUUAUUUUGAACUGAAGUGUCAGUGUUUUGCAUCAUUUGGAUUAAUUUACAUUUUACACAACGAUUUUACAUGGUAAUUAUGUACGUUGAUUAGGUGUUUAUCGUUGUAGUCAAUGUCAGGUUAAGAUACAGUGGCUUAUUGAGUGUGUGAAAAGUUGGUAAAAGACAUGAGCAGUGAAAACAAAGAUGAUAAAUCAGUGAAGGGCGCUGGGGGAUGAAAGAUGCUGGUGCGGGGGUGCGCGGGGGGUGAGUUACGGCACUCGUUGUCGGAGAAGACGAAAGCUCUGGCUGCAAAGUGCCAUGCUCUUAGGUCACCAGCGCGUGAACAGCGCGGAACCGAGCGCCGCCGCACCAGGCAACGCAAGUCGCAGACAAGGUGGUAUGUGAAGCAGCCGACAUGGCGGUUGUGGGGCGAGGAGCGAGUAGACGGGGCGAUUUAUACUGUUUAUUUGAAGAAAGUACGUUACCAUCGGCCUACGCGCUGCGCAUCCAGUGAGUCUGAUGACGAGAUCUCACAUUUGGAGUGGGAGACAGUUCGAGUGAGAUUUGUUAAAGCUGGUACUGUUGAUCGCCUCGUUGAGGCAUUAGCCACUGACGAUGGCGAGUUGGAGUCCACUUAUGUCAAUGUGUUUCUCGCUACAUACAGGUCAUUCGCGGAGUGCAGUAAAGUCCUCGACUUGUUACUAGGUCGGUAUGAAGCCCUCGCAGCCGACGACGUGCUUUCUACUGGGACGGAAAACUCACAGCAACAUAGAAAGACUCUGGUCGCGUGUCUUCAUGUCUGGCUGGACACGUAUCCUGAGGACUUUCGUCAAGCCCCGCACCACCCCGCGCUGCAGCAGCUCCUCACCUUCACUCAGAUACACCUACCUGGUUCUGAACUACAUUCGAAGGUGUUGCAGAAGCUAGCAAUAUUCAGUGCGGAACGAAAUGGAAGUGUCGGCGGUAGUGGCGUGUGCCUCGCUCCUGGCAUGCGUCUGCCAGCCCACCACACAACCUCAUACCGUCUGCCCCACGUGCCCCACCGACACUUCGCAGAACAACUCACCAGAAUGGACAUGGAGUUGUUCAAGAAGUUAGUCCCCCAUCAGUGCCUCGGCGCCAUCUGGUCCCGCCGAGACAAAGACCGCUCCCACGACGCAGCCACAGUGCUAGCUACGAUCAAUCAGUUCAAUGCCGUCUCUUUCCGUGUCAUAUCCACAGUUUUAGUCGAACCGAACCUCAAACCUCUAGAAAGAGCGGAUAUCCUGGCUGCGUGGUUAGAUAUCGCCAGAGAACUGAGAGUGCUUAAAAACUUUUCUUCCUUAAAGGCCAUAAUUUCGGGGCUGCAAAGCAACCCCGUGUACAGAUUAAGAAAAACCUGGGCGCUCCUAAACAAAGAAAAAGCGGAGCUGUUUGAAGAGCUAGCGAGAAUUUUUAGUGAAGAUAACAAUCGAUGGGCGCAAAGAGAACUCUUGAUGAGAGAAGGGACGGCGAAAUUUGCUGACACGGUUGGGGAAAAUGAUAAGCAAUUACAGAAGUUACUUCACGAGCGCGGAUCUCCUGGAGUCAGCCAUGGAACGAUACCAUAUCUGGGCACAUUCUUAACUGAUCUGAUAAUGAUCAAUACAGCGAUUCCGGAUACCGUAGCAGAUGGGUUAAUUAAUUUUGACAAGAGACGAAAAGAGUUUGAGGUGCUCGCACAGAUCAAAUUGCUCCAAGGUGCAGCAAAUGCAUAUCACUUACCCACCGACCCCAUGUUUGAUCGCUGGUUUGAUUCUGUCAUAAUCUUAGACGAUAGAGAAGCGUAUCAGCUUUCAUGUCAAAUAGAACCUCAAACCAAUGCACCGAAAGAACGGCGCCCGAAGAAGAAUGAGAAUAACAACGGUCAUAGGAAGAAUGAUUCGAUAGCCAGUACUAGUUCGAGUAACAGCUCUCAGUUUUACUGCGAAACAGAUGGUGCAGGGACGUGGAAGAGAGACAGUUUGGAGCGACGGUCUUCUCCUACGAGAUUAUCUCAUGGUUCUUCAUCAUCAUCCAUACCAUCUCUGGACGUGUCGUUGUCUAGUGCGAACAGUGGCCCGAAGCAACUCAACGGAAAAGUAGCCAACAGCCCUGCGCAUGCGACUCCAAAUGGGCCAGAUUUUUACAUAAUACGAGUCACAUAUGAGUCGGAUUGUGUUGAAACAGAGGGCGUGGUUUUAUACAAGUCGAUAAUGUUGAGUAAUAACGAGAGAACGCCACAAGUCAUAAGAAAUUCUAUGCUCAAGUUGAAUUUGGAUGGUGAUCCUGAUGGAUAUACUUUGGCUCAAGUUUUGCCGGAAAGAGAAAUGGUGCUCCCAGCAAACGCGAACGUAUACUACGCCGUCAACACAGCGUAUAACCUAAACUUCAUCCUAAGACCUCGGAGACCAGAGACUGACGUAGUUGUUAAUGGUAAAACAAAGAACAAACGUGCUUGACUGUGCCUCGAUAUUUUCUGUAUCUAGAAGACUCCUUUGUCUAUACCUUUACGUCCCGUAUAAAAAGUAUUUAUUUAAAAAAGGUUUUAUAACUGCAAGACUGGACUCAGACUGGCUUCUUGCUUUAUUAAUUUGGAUAAUUUGCGAAUCUAAAGCUCUAAUAUUGCUAAUUAAAAUACCAUGCCAUAUAAAUUUCAUUUCAGCACAAAUAUAUUUAUUUAUAUGUAUUUUUUGCUGUAUUAUGUACUUAAUUAGAUAUUUGUUAAUAUAGAUGUAGAAGUUAUGAAUGCCACCAAUAAUGCUAGGUUCUAUUUAUGAAUAAUUUUUUGUAAUAUAACUGAAUAUUUGUAUAUAAUGAAUACAAGAAUAAGAAUCUCAAAUAAGUAUACAUUAUAAAGUAGCAACCCAAGAGUAACAGAAAGUUUUAUCUGUACUUUUGAGCAUAGACAAGAGGUUGGCAUAGACAACAAUCUUUGUAAUUGUUCUUUUUUAUUGGAGUAUACGUUUUGUUUUUACUAUGGUAAUGUUCUGAGUCAUAAAUUAAAGACUUAGCCUCAACCAAAAAUAAACACACAUACAGACAGUUACUAAAAUACUUUUAAAAGCAAAAUCUACGAAUGUAAGGCAUGGCUUCUCUCCUCUAUUCUUUGUAGAAUGUCGGCUCCUUGUCGUGUGAUACAUUAUAAACAGUAUUUUUAUAGAAAGUGUAUUUGUCUGCCUUAUUUAUUAUAAAAUCAGCGACCAGUGCGUGAGCAAGAUAGGAAGGUAAGAUAUGAAGAAUCUUAUAAAUUUUCUAAUCCUCUAGGAAUUCUUUAUUUUCGACAUUAACAUACUUACCUAUAUGUUGACAUAAAAAUAAUCUCGAAAAGUUAAAAAUAUGUUGUCUGUAUCUCUUGGGUUGAAUGAGCCAAAGGCGUAUAUGUCUAUUAAAGCAAGGUGCUGUCUCUCUGUAUAUUAUGAAGCUUUAAAAUUAAAUUGUGAAUCCGAAUUUGAAUAAUUUUAACAGCAAUUAUUAAAUACUCUUAUCUAAUCAAUUGUAUUAACUCAGAUAUUUAGACAGCGCUGAAAUAAUGUUGUUGGAAGACGUAAUUAAAACCGCGCUUUAGCAGUGAUGUUCUGUAAACGCAUUAUCCGAUUUCAUUAAAUAAUUGGCACAAUACGCCAUGAAGUCGCUAUGAGAUUACAUAGUACGUAAGCUUGAAAUCGGAUUCGCGGUAGUUACAGGGUAUGCCUGCUGGUGCGGAAAUCGUUGUUAAAGAUCUUGUCUCCUGUAUCUUCAUGACAUAAAAAUUAAAUGCAUUUGUAAAAACAACGUGCCUAUAGUAAUGUGUAAAAGUCGUUCAAAUACUCUACGAUAAAGACUAGAAAACUUUGUAAACCUUUAUCUGUACUGUUUUAUUGUAGUUUUUGUAAAUAACUUUGUAGCUAUUUUAAUGGUUAUUCAACACUAGUUUCGUGUUGGUGUUGUGUAUCUGUAAUUAAAAGUUAUUAAUUAUU